CCCAUUCCCAAUCCGUGCUUACAAUUUGAUGCCCUAUUGGAUUCGACCCCCAGCAAUUAAAGGUGAAGGUUUUUCCGUCGUUUAUUAAUUCAUUCAUUCAUAAUCUCAGCGCUUCGAGAAAUUUGUUCAAUUUCGGUUAAAAGAAUGAUGUAGGUGUGAAUGCAGUUCGUUUCAACUGAAUGUAAACCCAUCGACUUGUAUUUUUCGCUCGAAAUUGUGUUGUUAGGUGUUUUCUGGCUGUAAGCGGUAAUGCAUUAGCUUAUGCUCUGUUUAAGCUUCAAAGUUAGAGUCCAUUCUCCCGUGGUUAUGGUUUUAUUAUGAGUUUUUGACCGGUAUGACAAUGAAGAAUGUGGAAAUACCGCAAUGGCUUGUGGGGUUGCCUUUGGCGCCUGAAUUCCGCCCUACGGAGACAGAGUUUGCAGACCCAAUUGCUUACAUAUCCAAAAUAGAGAAAGAGGCUGGUGCUUUUGGUAUAUGUAAAAUAAUUCCGCCUCUACCAAAGCCUUCCAGGAAAUAUGUGCUUCAUCAUUUAAAUAAAUCACUUUCCAAGUGUCCGGAAUUGGGUUCGGAUGUAAACCUUGCGGUGCCGCCGAAGAAAGAUAGCAAUGCGAGGGACAACUGUGAUAGAACAGCUUUUGAUAAAGGGGAGAGCAGGGCAGUUUUCACGACAAGGCACCAAGAAUUAGGCUGCGAAAAGGGAAAAAGGGUAUUUGGAGCUCAGAAGCAAGUUUGGCAAAGUGGGGAGGUUUACACACUGGAGCAAUUUGAGGCGAAGUCGAAGAAUUUUGCCAAGAAUUAUCUAGGUGUGGUGAAGGAUGUUAAUCCUUUAGUUGUUGAGGCCAUGUUCUGGAAGGCAGCUUUGGAGAAGCCUAUAUAUGUGGAAUACGCGAAUGAUGUGCCUGGUUCGGGAUUUAGUGAACCAGAAGGAUUGGUACCUUACCUUCAUAGAUAUAGGAGAAGGAGGCGGAGGAAGAGGAACUCAUUUGAUAGAAAUUGUCUACCUGACACUGGUAGCAAGAACGAUCAAGUAGUUAGAUUGAAUAGUAUCAGCGAUAAUAAAGAUUCAGAUGGCCCAAAUAGUUAUCAAUUUUGUACAGAAACAUCAAAUCAUCUACCAUCAGGAGAUAUGCAUCACAGUGCUUCAUUAUCUGGACAGAAAGCUUAUCAGGUUCGCAGUGAUAUGGAGGGUACCUCUGGUUGGAAGCUAUCAAACAGUCCUUGGAAUUUACAAGUAAUAGCUCGAUCACCAGGAUCAUUGACACGCUUUAUGCCUGAUGAUAUCCCUGGGGUUACUUCUCCGAUGGUAUAUGUUGGAAUGCUGUUCAGCUGGUUUGCUUGGCAUGUGGAAGAUCAUGAGCUUCACAGCUUGAAUUUCCUGCACAUGGGUUCUCCAAAGACUUGGUACGCCGUUCCAGGGGAGUAUGCUUUCAGCUUUGAAGAAGCCAUCCGUGUGCAUGCUUAUGGAGGAAAUGCUGAUUGGCUUGUUGCUUUAUCUAUGCUGGGGGAAAAGACCACUGUUUUGUCUCCUGAAGUUAUUGUUAAAUCAGGCAUCCCGUGUUGCAGGUUGGUGCAAAACCCUGGUGAAUUUGUGGUGACUUUUCCGAGAGCAUAUCACAUAGGUUUCAGCCAUGGUUUUAACUGUGGGGAAGCAGCUAAUUUUGGAACACCAAAGUGGCUUGCAAUAGCUAAGGAGGCUGCUGUUCGCAGAUCUGCAAUGAACUAUCUUCCCAUGCUUUCACAUCAGCAAUUACUAUACUUGUUGACCAUGUCUUUCAUUUCCAGAAUACCUAGAUCCUUACUACCAGGAGUACGAAGCUCUCGUUUGAGGGAUCGACAGAAGGAAGAAAGGGAAUUGUUGGUAAAGAAGGCAUUCAUAGAAGACAUGAUGCAUGAAAACAGUCUGUUGACUUCGCUCCUUGAAAGAAAUUCCUUAUAUCAUGCAAUAUUAUGGGAUGUUGAUUCACUUCCAUCUUCAAAUAAAGAAUCUGAAUUAUGCCAGGAUGCUGAUGCUAUCCAAUCAGCAUCAACAAACAAAGGAUCUACUGAGAAUAAAAAUAGUGUGGAUGAUCUUAGUGAGCUUUGCAAGUAUAUUGGUGCAGUUGGUUUUGACCUUAAUGAUGAUGAUUUGGCCUAUGAUUUUCAAAUAGAAUCUGGUACAUUACCUUGUGUAGCUUGUGGUAUCCUGGGUUUUCCAUUUAUGGCUGUUGUGCAACCAUCCGAAGAUGCAUCCCGGGAGCUUAUGCUUAUGGAUCCUCUUUCUAUUUCUCUGGAAUCUAGUACCCUUUCUGAUGUCACUCAUGUAGCUGUGGGUUCCACUAAAGAUGACAAGGCUACAUCCAACAGACCUCUCCAUGAUGGAAAUGGGCAAUCGUCAGUGGCCCAAACUAGUCAAUCAGCAGAUUCAGCCACAAUGUUGAGACACAAACUUGAUUCUUCAACAGUUGAGAACUCCAAGGGAUGGAACAUUUCUAAUGUAUCUCUAAGGCCACGAAUAUUUUGCCUAGAGCAUGCAAUUGAAAUUGAAAAACUGUUGAGCUCUAAAGGUGGUGCCAAUAUUCUCGUGAUCUGUCAUUCAGAUUUUCAGAAAAUAAAGACUCAUGCGGCCAUCAUUGCAGAGGAAGUUUCUAUUCCUUAUUGUUACACUGAGAUACCAUUAGGUGAGGCUUCUCUUGAGGAUCUGAAAGUGAUUGACAUUGCUGUUGACCGAAAUGAAGAAGUUGGCUCAGCUGAAGAUUGGACCUCAAAGUUAAAUAUCAAUUUACAGCAUUGUGUAAAGGUUAAAAAGAGUUCCCCAUCUCAGACUCUACAGCAUUUGUUAGGUUUGGGUGCAUUGUUUGGUGGUGCAACUCCAAUUCCUGAUGCAUCCAGCGUAAAGUGGCAAUCCAGAAAAUUACGCUCAAAGCGCCAUCUAAAACGUACAAGGAGGAAAUCAUCUGCGAGCAAUCAAAUCAUGAAGGAGAAUAUGAAAACAAAUAAAGAUCUGCAAGUGGCUAAGGAUGAUGUUAAAGUCAUUCAAUAUUCCAGGAAAAAGUACAAGACCCGUGCAUCUGCAGAAGUACAGGCUCCUAUUGAUGCAAGUAGCAUUUCUGUACCAGAUACUCAGGCUACAGACCCUGAAGAUCUUGAUAAUGAAGGCAAAAACAAAGCUGGAACUUUUCUUGGAGUUGAACAUGAUGGAAAAAGUUUAUCACGGCCAAGUGCCUUACCUUCUGAUGGAAAUUUGGAGAACUGUCAACAACUGCUUUCAUCAAGCAGGAUAGGCAUGGAGAAUUCAUUUCAGUCUAGUCUUGAAACUUCAUUUACUGCUUCUGCAACAUUAGUGGAGAAUGUUGAGGCUGAAGCAUCAACUUGUGCAGUGGGUGAAGUAAUAAUAACUGACACAGCGGGUGGCCUGUGUCAAGAUUCUCAGGUGCAUGACAACAAGGCAGGCAGUGCUACAGAUAAUGAAAAAUUGAGAAAGCAAGAUCCGAUGGAUGAAUCUAAUGUAGAUUGUAAUCGGAUGAUAGAACAUGAUUGUGAAGUCCGGGUUACGUCAGAUGGAGGUGACAUCAUUAAAGAAGCUUCUAGACAAGAUGGCUCACCAAACUCUUUGGUUGAUGAUUCUACCACAAGAUGCGAUGAGAAAAUGGAAGGGGCUUUUGAUCAACUUGUUAUUGAUAGUGAGGUAUCAAAAGCCCUGGGCACUGAAGAUAAUCAACAUGUUCGAACUGAUAGUGACCAUCAAGAGGAAGUUGUUUCCGGAAAUACUAUACCAGUAAAAGAAUCAACUUCCUCCAUGAUUAAAGAAAAAAUUGCUGGGGAUGCCAUCCCUGUGCCCAAGGUAGAUCAAAAUGAUGUGGUCAAGAGUGACAACACUUUAUCCAACGAGAAAGUCUCAGAUGAUUCCAAUUUCACCAUGGCACAACCUAAACCAGUUUCAAAGAAAGGAGUCAAAAGGUCUAGAGAAAUAUGUGUGCAGUCAGACAACAACUUUGGUAUGAGUAGUUUUAUCCGAAGUCCGUGUGAAGGAUUAAGGUCUAGGGCUGGAAAAUAUGCAUCCAUCUCCAUAACUGACAGUGAAACACCUAUUAAGGACAGUGAAACACCUAUUAAGGAGAAACACGUAAUGAAGAAGCCAAAAAAGUUAGGAGAUCAUUCUAUUAAGCACAAGGUUAAGAAAGAGCAGCAGAAGGGAUGUCAUAAAUGUGAUCUGGAAGGUUGCAGUAUGAGUUUUCAGACAAAGGCAGAGCUACUCCUGCACAAAGCAAACCGAUGUCCAGUUGAUGGGUGCAGGAAGAAAUUCAACUCCCACAAAUAUGCAAUUCAACACCAGCGGGUUCAUGAUGACGACCGGCCUUUGAAAUGUCCAUGGGAGGGUUGUACUAUGUCUUUUAAGUGGGCUUGGGCAAGGACUGAACAUUUGCGGGUCCACACUGGGGAAAGGCCAUAUGUCUGCAAAGUUGAGGGUUGUGGCCUAACUUUCAGAUUUGUAUCGGAUUUCAGUCGGCAUAGAAGGAAAACAGGGCAUUGUGUAAACUCCCCUGCAUGAAAACAUGUCAUCCACUGUGCAUUAGAUAAACCUGUGCAUAAUGUGUUGUGGAAGUCUUGAAGAGUAAAGAAGACUUGUGGAUUAUGGUAGUUGGAAUGGCCUAGUGAAUUCAAGAAGUGUGCGAGUUGGAAUUCGAUCCCCGGUAAAUUAAUUAUUUAUAUCCCUCCCCUUGCUUUCUGUUUGUCUGUUUGUCUUUAGUCUGGUGUGUACCAUUGAUGAAAAGUUGGAUUAUCUCCACGAUCUGACUGCUUUGUAGCUUAAUAGACUUUUUUUACUGACAGGGUGAAUCAUGUCAUCUGCUACUUACUGAUAAUCAGAUUGAUGCCUUGUUGAAUCUGUUUCUGGAGAAUGUUGGAGAUGGUAUCAUGUUUUGGCCUGAUUUUCUAACUUUGUUGAAGCCUUGCAAUUGGUGGCUCUUUCUUUAGAUUUGAUAAGAGUUUUUGUUACUCAGCAGGGUAGGAUGGUUAGUGGGGGUGGGGGAUAAUUCUGAAUAUACUUGCUGGAUUGAUUUGUAUUCAUUCUGUCAGCAGCAAUGCAAUGCACAUGACUCCACCAUUUUUGUGGUGGAAGCUCUACUUGGGUUGUGUUGUGUCCUGCUCGAUUAUACAUUUUGUGUCAAGUGAUAGGGUUCUUGAUUGCCAUUCAUUUUAUGCUCUUUCUCAUUUCUUGUGCAAGUUUAAU